AUGCCCGUCAGCGAGACCUUCCGCACGGUGGUGCUCGUGUUCCUCGGGACGCACAUCCCCGCCACGCUGAUGAUGGACUCCCAGGCGCUCCUCCCACCCGCCAUCGUCCCUGGCUUCAUGAAAUCGCUGCUGGAUUUCCACGUGCGGACAAACUCCGAUCCGCUCAUGGCGGAUCCACCGACUUGGUUCAAGUCGUUCAUACUCUUCGAGCUCCUGUUCCAGCUCCCCUUCUUCUUCAUCGGAUUCAAAGCCUUCUACGAGCGGAGGAACUGGAUCAGGAUACCGGGCGUCGUCUACGGGGCGCACACGGCGACGACACUCAUCCCAAUCUUGGCUGAGAUUUUACAUCCCGCGACCGUGUUCCCGGACGAAGCCGCGCGGUGGAAACUGUUCUUGAUAUACCUCCCCUACCUGCUCGUCCCGGCCUCGAUGGCGUACGCGCUGGGCGUGGACGACAAGCCCUUCGGCGCCAAGGGCGGGCCCAACAAGCUCAAGAUAUUCUGA